UAAAAAAAAAGUCCUGACAACGCAUCACCACCACAUUAAAUGCCCGAACCCUGCUGCACUUCUGCCUGACCUGACCGCCUAGACUCACACUCAACGUCAACGUUGAUUUUAGGAAGGACAUCCGUUUGACUCCGGUCACGUUCUCAAGGCAUCACCGUUUUCGACUGUGGCAAUCAAUCAAUCGUCCUCUCAACCCUUUCCGCCCAGGCCGAUCACCGCGGAGCACUGAUGUACUCCACCCCGCCGUUUCCACGUCCCAGUUCACUCUGGGUGCAUGUGGCUCACGCAGCCCAACGAAACGACGACACGAGCUGCGUGGGAGUGGGAAUCUCGACGCCGCUUUUAACGACUAUCAUGUUGUGAGUAGGUAAUGGGUGGAUGGCCUGGGGGGGUGUGGACCGAGUUUGUUCUCGUCCUGUAUCGUGCUGCCGUAUCUUUGCCGUCUCGUCGUCGUUGGAGACGUAAACGACAAACGUAUGUACGCCUUGCGUUUGGGAGAUACAUGCCUCGAGGGGAAACACCAGGUUCGUUCGCAAUUGCGAACGAAGGGAAGCAAGACGGAGAGGAGAAAUACCCCGGCCUGACUUGCCCCGUUACAUUCCCAUUUUCCCAUCCUAUCCCAUCCCGUGCUUUGUAAAUCUCCCUCUCUCUCACAACACACACACACAAAUACUGUGUCUCUCUCUUUCUCUGUCCUGAUCCAACCCACAACACCCUGCCCUACUCUUUCCCACUUGUCCCGAAGUCCCUUUUGCUUCUGACCCCAAUCCAUCUUUCCUCUUGCAACCCAUCCCGUCCCAUCCUAUCAUGUCAUCGUUGACUCGUCGCCUUCCUUGGACCACAGUCUCGAUCCACGUUGGCUCCGGUCUAUCCCCCGGUACCCCGAGUUUCCCUCACCGUUUUGACUUCUAUCCGUUCCAUCCCGUCUGUCUCCAUCUUCCUACUACUAUCCUCAAAACAAAUUCGUCAUGAAUCGGGACGGCACCGCCCCUCUUCCUCUUCCCCUCCCUCUCCCCAUGGACGGCGGAUAGCCCUUCGGCUUGCGCCUGACUGGGCCAAUGUUCCAUACGACACGCAUGGCACCUCCGUCAUAUGUAGGCCUCCUUUCCACCUCCCAUCUGCAGCCAUGGCGCGUGUGUUCCGAGCCGAGUAAAUAGAUUGUCUGCCGUCUUUCGACCCGAGGUUCCUCGACAAACGUCACCCCUCUAGACCACACACACAAGCAUGCGUCUUACAUGCACACCUAGCUUCGCACCCCUUGGCCCUUUGGUACCAAAGCAUACCCCCGACUCUCUUGUCAUGGCACCGCAUGGGCGUGGGCGGAACUGGAUGGGGCCGAAAAGAACCCCUUCACUUCCAAUGGCCGUUCCUGCUCACAGAGCCCCAUUCCCCUGGCUUGCAGAUGCAACCCAUUCCAUCCUUGUCCUAUUACCUACCUACCUGCCUGUCUGUGUAUCCAUAUGUGGGGAGGCGUGUGGGAGAAGCGACGUACCUCCCUUGCCGUCACUGCACGUCUCUUCGUCGCCGUUUUACACGACAUGCAUGGCUUUUUCUCUCUUUCUCCCUCAGCCCACAUUCCUGUCUCUCGUACAGACUGCUCUUCGCCAACCUGCGCCGGUCAUGUCCGUGACCCUUGGUCCUGCCGGACUGUUCCUCCCCUUCGUCUUCCCUGUUCUUCCUUCCGACACUAGCCUAGGUGCCUAGGCUAGUUCUCAGGUUGCCCCGAAUAUCCAGACAGAUCCAUUGCCUCUUCCGGGCCACCCAUUCCUCCAUCGUGGCCCUCUCCACCAAUACAGCCCAUGGUGCUCGCCUCUCGGCAUAUGCGGACAGACACCUUGCUCGCUUCAUCACUCUUCUUUUGCCAUCGAAACUCGCCGUUUUAACAUGCCUCUUGGAACAUGGAAGCCCAGCCUGCAGAUGGCCAAUUUACUUGCUUGCCUCCUCCCCCCAUCUUGACCAAUGGUUCCAUCCAUUGACAUUCCGCCAUUGUCCGCUACCACCCUCAAUGCUCACACCCUCAAUAUCCAACUGCAUCGUAGCUCGAUAUGUCUUUUUGUUUUCUUCUUUUUUCCCCUCUCACUCCUCCCCCCACAGGCAGGCAACACGGGUGAAGACAGGGCAGGUCGACCGGAUGCCGCUCUAUCAUGGUUGUCAUCGUCGUCCGUCCGCGACCCUCUCUACUCUCAUCGUCCCAUCACAUCAUGCCCCUUGGACUAUUCUGUCCGUUCACCCUUUGGUGGACCGGGGACCACCGGCUCUUGCCAAAGCCACAGCUUGUCAUCGGACGAAUCGAGGGCUUGAUUGUCUUAUCCUCCCCCCAGAUGAAGCGAUGGAGCCCGGGAAGGGUCUGGGGGAGAGGGAGAAAAAAAAGUAUAAAAGGGCACAUCUUGAGCGGUCUGAUUCUGUUUACUUCUUCUUCCUUUCUUACUACAGCUCCAGAGCAUAUUCAAAGCUUCUAUACACCUUCUCCAAACUUCUCCUUCGUUGCAAAACAAGCAACUUCCUUGCACACUCUUGUGUCUCACCGAGUGCCGCCAUCCUCAGUCCACACUCGGACUUAGUCACCACUUGUUUGAAGGCAAACAAGUUGCUACACUCGCACAUACACGUCACGCCUUUUAUUGUUGACUUGAAUCAGCCGCCUCGCCCAUCAUGUCUUCUUCCCACUACAACUCCCACUACUCCCUCCCCAUGCCCGUCCCCUCCCACAAGGGCCAGCACUACCCAGGCUACGGCAGCACCUACUCGGUCUCGCCCCCAGAGACGGACGAGUCCGUGAGCUCUGGUACCAGACCCUCAUACAGCAACAGCGGCUACUCGGGCGGCUACUCGGUCGCCAACUCUAGCUACGCCGGCAGCAACAGCGGCGACUUUGAGAGCACGCACCACUCGGCCAGCGGCGUCGAUUUCAACGACUACAUGCAGGACCGCUUCGCCCAGACGUUUGACCCCAUCCCCCUCGACCGCAAUAUCGCGGUCCAGGCGCAGACAUCCGGAAAGCUCAACGCAAAGCACCGUGAGCUGCUGGAGCUGCAGAAGAAGGCACAAGCCCGUCUCGCAAAGACGCGCGAGCGCUUCAACGAGGGCUACCGCGACGCUCAGGACGUGCGCGCGGACCUCGAGUGGACGCAGAAGAAAGUCUCAUCACUCAAGAGCAAGACUUCCCGCAAGCACACCAAGGAGUACAACAAGGCGCGCGCACGCUAUCCCUCGCCCGAGUACUAAGAAUCUACGCGGUUUCUAGUGUUCUGUGACGAGAGAAAUUUCAGCCGCGCGACAUGGCCGACGUUGAAAAAAGACGGCGACCGGCAUCUUCUAUUCUAGCCUUGCCACACCUACUCUCUUCUAGCGUGUCAUUUUCAAGUAUUACCGAAAAAAGUUUCAGCGCGUCGUUAACACCACUAUACACACCAUCUCCAAACGCACGACAUCCUUACAUACGGCACACAUCCCUGCCGACGGCAACGGCACUGCAGGAACAGCGGAGAAGGGAACGCGCCAGAGCCCCGGGGAUUUCCUUUGCAUUUCGUCCACUUUUUGAUGAGCGCACGCCUCCCUCCAUCUCGGCCUUGUUUUGCUUGUUUUUUGGGCACAUAUUGGGCUGGCAAGGGAGGGGAAAACGGAGACAGGGGCCCCAGGCGAACCCGACAGUCGGGACGGGUUGACGCGCAGCGGCACGGCGCGGGGCGAACAUGGGUGGUGUUUGUGGUGGUGGAGGUGGUGGGCGGCCGCCCAGCCCACCCAUCUCACGCUGCUUUUGCAGAAAUGUCUGGCUGGCAGCAGCGGCGAGCUGAGGAGAGAAGGUUAAGGCAGGGUCCAAGGAGUGUGGGUUGACGGAGAGAAGAUUCCCACGCAGCCGGGAAGACCUCCACACACACGCACGCAUGCAUCGUUUCCUCCCCCAACUUCGGCGCCGGCCCCUGGCUGACGCAGUACUGUGGGGUUCCGACGACCUUCCUUUGGAUCUUGGCCAGGGGAGGUUUGUUGCACGAGACGAUUAUGAGAUAUGAUUGGACGAGCGGGAAAUGGUUUGGGCGGUUUCUUGUUUUUAAAAAAAGAGUACACACACGCCCUCCCUUCUUAGAGGAGUGCCGACAGGGCCAGACCAGGGCAAGCGCCUGGGGAGGGUGCUGCAGUAGCCUUUUCAGGGUCCCUCCAGAGACCGGCAGACGGUUUCAGUGGAGCAGGAAGGGGUGGAGGUAAGGGGAUCGAGACCGAGAGACCAGGCGAGGGGGUAUACAGUGUUGGCAUUUCUGUAAGGCACGCUUGUCCUUUUCGGGGCUUUGAGAUACUGCCCUUUCGGGAAGGGAAACGACAGGGACGGGUUGAUAUCGUGACGGUCCUCAUGGCCUGGCGGACAUACUGUGCCUCUAACCCCCUGGCGGUGCUGUAGCGGCGAUGGUGGCGUUCUUAUCCACGGUUCAUAGUCGUAUAUCGUAAGCCAUUUCCUGUUCGGUCGUGGUGGUUUCCUUCCAGGCCGCCGUCCGCGAUAUGUCCACCGUAACCCCACCGUCGUGAUGCGAAGGUGUCCGUCUUGCCACCGUAACAGUCCCUCCC